AAAGUAACAGCACGCCCCGCCCAGGUGCAGUUGCGCCUCCCAUUCAACAACUCUCCGCUCUGCCUAUUCUUCUGUUAAUGUUGUCCAUCCUAUUCUCUAGCUGUUAAAACCGAUUCAUACCAACGUUGUGAUUAAUUUUUCCAAACAUGGCUUACACGACUGCAGGUGGGACUAAGAAGAAGGUCUGCUACUACUAUGACGGUGACAUAGGAAAUUAUUACUAUGGACAGGGGCAUCCCAUGAAACCACAUCGUAUCCGGAUGACUCACAAUCUGCUUCUGAACUAUGGACUAUAUAGGAAAAUGGAAAUCUAUAGACCACACAAAGCCACAGCAGAGGAGAUGACUAAAUAUCACAGUGACGACUACAUCAAGUUCCUCCGAAACAUACGGCCAGACAACAUGUCUGAAUUCAGCAAGCAGAUGCAACGCUUCAAUGUUGGAGAGGACUGUCCUGUGUUCGAUGGGUUGUUUGAGUUCUGCCAGCUCUCGGCUGGUGGCUCUGCUGCCGGUUCAGUGAAAUUGAAUCGACAGCAGACCGACAUUGCAGUGAACUGGGCAGGAGGGCUUCACCAUGCAAAGAAGUCUGAAGCCUCUGGAUUCUGUUAUGUUAAUGACAUUGUGCUGGCCAUCUUGGAACUGCUCAAGUACCACCAGAGGGUGCUGUACAUUGACAUAGACAUCCACCAUGGGGACGGAGUGGAGGAGGCCUUCUAUACCACAGACAGAGUCAUGACUGUGUCCUUCCAUAAGUAUGGGGAGUACUUCCCUGGGACCGGAGACCUCAGGGAUAUCGGAGCUGGAAAAGGCAAAUAUUACGCUGUCAACUUCCCUCUGCGAGAUGGCAUUGAUGAUGAGUCAUACGAGCAAAUCUUCAAGCCUGUGAUGGCCAGAGUGAUGGAGAUGUACCAGCCCAGUGCUGUAGUUCUUCAAUGUGGUGCUGACUCUCUCUCAGGAGACCGUCUCGGCUGCUUUAACGUCACCAUCCGUGGCCAUGCCAAAUGUGUGGAGUACAUAAAGUCCUUCAAUCUUCCACUGCUCAUGCUGGGUGGAGGAGGAUAUACCAUCCGAAAUGUAGCCCGCUGCUGGACCUAUGAGACAGCUGUGGCUCUGGACACAGACAUCCCUGACGAAGACAGCUCUGUCUCUCAGAGCCCAUGUGCAAGGGGUUGGGAACUGCCAUACAAUGACUACUUUGAGUACUUCGGGCCCGACUUCAAACUACACAUCAGCCCCUCCAACAUGACCAACCAGAACACACAGGAGUACAUGGACAAGAUCAAGCAACGGCUUUUUGAGAACCUGCGGAUGCUGCCUCACGCUCCUGGAGUUCAGAUGCAGGCCAUUCCAGAGGACGCCGUCCCAGACGACACCGUUGACGAGGAUACAGAGGAUCCCGAUAAACGCUUGUCCAUUCGUGCCACAGACAAGAGGAUAGCCUGUGACGAAGAGUUCUCUGACUCUGAGGAUGAGGGGGAGGGUGGCAGGAGGAACGUGGCCAAUCACAAGAAGGGAAUGAAAAGGCCCAGAGUCGACGAAGACAAGAAAGAAGGAGAUGAGAAGAAGAGUGAGAUAAAAGAGGAAGAGAAAGCAAAGGACAGCAGCGGUGAGAAGACUGACUCAAAAAGUGUGAAGACUGAGCAGACCAGCAGUGCCUGAAUUGUUCAAGGAGCCAACUUUUCACUGAAUUGCUGUCCGAAGCAUUAUAUUUAUUACAAGUCUCCAUUUUCUACUUGUACAUUUCUUGUUAAUUGUAAGCAUCUCUCUGUGUAGCAUGUCAGUGGAUUUCUGGAAUCCACUACUUGAAAUUGCUAUACCAUGUCCAUACCCUCUGAACCAUUUGACUCCAAUGUGCUUGAGCUUCUGAAGGAAACAUUGACUUGUUGUAGAUGAACCUCAAGAGAUUUCAUGUUUAAAUUUUUGAUAUUCUACAUUUGUCAAUAAAACUUUUUAUACUA